AUGCAUGAACUGGCGAUGCAAGUGGGUGUCCCCGACGACUCGCUCAUGGACUACAUAAUUUGCGGUAUUCCGGACGCUGUCGUCAAUAAGAGUGUGCUGUACGGGGCCUCGUCCAUCCUUGAAUUUAAAAUUAAGUUGGAGUUGUACAAAAGAACGUGCGAAAGGCGGGAAGUCGAAUCCAAGGAUACGACCACAGCGAAGCAAAUAUCCACGACACCCGCAGCUGCUUCAGAAGUUAGAUGCUACAAUUGUGGUGGUCGAGGGCAUCAAUCUCGCGAGUGUCCCGAUGCUGAAAAAGGACCCAAAUGUUUUGCUUGCAGAGCGUAUGGGCACAUGUCGUCUUCGUGUCCGGUCAAGUCAGAAACCCAGUGA